AUGAAGGUCAUUAGAGAUAAAGAUAUUAAAUCAUUUCUUAACAAAAGGUUAACAAGGGAGUCCAUUUUUAGUCAAUUCCAACCGGUAUUGUUGCGUGGUUUAGCCACUUACGCAGCUAACCCAAAUGCAAUCGUUCCUCCAAGAAUUGUCCAACAGUCGAAUAAUUCUGAGUCAGACACUACCCAUGUGUUCAUGCCAUGUAUUUCACCUACCGAAGUGGGCAUAAAAGUGAUUAGUGGUGGUCCAUCGAACAAUACAAAGGGGUUGGGGUUUCAAGGGUGUGUUAUGAUUUUGGAUGAAGUAACUGGUGAAUUGAAUGCAAUCUUCAAUGCCGCAUGUUUAACUGCUUUCAGAACUGCAUUAGCUAGUGUAUUGGGUCUUACCAGAGUUGUGCCUGUUGACUCUGUCGACGUUUUGCCGGAAUUGUGUGUGUUUGGGGUAGGUCAACAAGCUUAUUGGCAUGUCAAGUUGACUUUACUCUUGUAUAAGGAGAAAAUCGCGAAGGUGAACAUACUAAAUAGAACAUUGGCAAAUGCAGAAAAGUUGAAAGAGGAGUUGGGUAAAGAAUUUGACAAUGUUGAGUUCAGAGCGUUCCUGUUUGAAGAGGAUGAAAAGUUCAAACCGCAUAUGGAAAACAGUUCAAUCAUAUACGGAUGCACUCCAUCGACUUCAGCUGUGAUAAAGAAAGACCAUUUGAACAAAGAUCCAAAAUAUCGAAAGUUUAUUUCUCUCAUCGGUUCGUACAAGCCGCACAUGAUUGAGUUGGAUUUGGAAUUGAUGAAUGAUUUCAAAAACAAUGGCGUCAAAGUGAUUGUUGACUCAAAGGAGCAUACGUUACAUGAAGCUGGAGAAUUGAUACAAUCAGGUUACACUAGUGACCAGUUGAUUGAGAUUCACGAAUUGUAUGAAACGGAAGAGUUCAGUACGAUUACAGAUGCAACAACCGGUACAACCGUACAAAAGAUUGUAGGAUUAUCAAUCAUGGACUUGUGCAUGGGGAAGUACAUUUAUGAAAACAUCCAAGACGAUGAUGCAGUUGUUGUAAAUGACUUUUAG